CGCCGGGAGGAAGCGCCCGCGCGGCACUUGCGGGCCGUGGGGGCGGUGGCGGUGGUGGCCCGGGCCGAGGCCGAGGCGGCGGAGGUGUCCCGGGCGGAUCGGGUCCAUCGGGUCCAUCGGGUCGGCCCUCCCCGGCCCCAUGGAGGCCGCGGCGGGCGGGGGCUGCGGCGCGGGGCUGCUGCUGAGUGAGGGCGAGCAGCAGUGCUACUCCGAGCUCUUCGCGCGCUGCGCCGGCGCCGCAGUCGGGGGGCCCCCAGAGGCAGCCAGGGCCGCCCUCGGCGGGGCCACUGCAGCCACCGGCCCGGUGGCCGAUCUGUUCCGGGCAUCGCAGCUGCCCGCCGAGACGCUGCACCAGAUCACGGAACUGUGUGGUGCAAAGCGGGUGGGAUAUUUUGGUCCAACGCAGUUUUAUGUUGCCUUGAAAUUAAUUGCCGCGGUGCAGUCUGGUCUUCCCGUGAGGCUUGAGAGUAUUAAAUGUGAACUGCCGCUGCCUCGCUUCCUGAUGUCAAAGACUGAGGGCGACCUCCGCUUUGGGAACCCAGCCGAGCCACACGGAACCAAGGUUCAGAUUCCAUAUUUAGCCUCGGAAAAAAAUACCUUCAAAAGAAUGGACGAGGAGGAUAACCAGCAGGAAGCACAGUCUCCUACGAUGUCACCCCUCGCCUCCCCUCCUUCUUCCCCACCUCAUUACCAGAGGGUGCCCUUGAGCCAUGGCUACGGGAAACUGCGGAGCAGCACGGAGCAGAUUCAUCCAGCUCCUUAUGAAACUAGACAAUCCCUUGUCCAGUCCGAAGGACCCACGUCGGGGGGCCCAGGAGCCAAGACCCCUCGGCAUCAGGCUUCCCUUCUCCGGUCUUUUUCAGUGGAGAGAGACCCUCAGGACAGCGGCGGCUACCCGGAUGAGCCGUGGCGGGUGACUGAGGAGCAGCGUGAGUAUUAUGUCAAUCAGUUCCGAUCACUGCAGCCGGACCCGAGCGCCUUGAUUUCAGGUUCUGUGGCCAAGAACUUCUUCACCAAGUCAAAGCUGUCCAUUCCAGAACUGUCCUAUAUAUGGGAGCUGAGUGAUGCUGACUGCGACGGAGCCCUGACCCUGCCGGAGUUCUGUGCCGCGUUUCAUCUCAUUGUAGCCCGGAAGAACGGUUACCCGCUGCCGGAGAGCCUACCCCCUACUCUGCAGCCUCAGUUCCUGCAAGCAGCCUUUCCAAAGCCCAAGUGGGAGUGUGGUUUAUUUGAUUCUUAUUCUGAGUCCAAGCCAGCAAACCAACAACCCCGUGACUUGAAUCGACUAGAGAAGACAUCUGUUAAAGACAUGGCUGAUUUUCCUGUCUCUACCCAAGAUAAGACUGUGGAUGACAAGCAAGCUUUGAAAAGCACUACAGAUGAGGCCAAACCAAAAGACAUGCCCAAGGAGUCAGUCCCGCCUAAGGAUUCCAACAGUCUCAAGACAAGACCGAGAUCCAGAUCUUACUCUAGCACCUCCAUAGAAGAGGCCAUGAAACGAGGGGAGGACCCCCCCACCCCACCACCGAGGCCGCAGAAAACCCAUUCCAGAGCAUCCUCCUUGGAUCUGAAUAAAGUCUUCCAGUCCAGCGAGCCAGCUACUAAGUCCGGAUUGUUGCCUCCUCCACCGGCUCUCCCUCCGAGACCUUGUCCAUCACAGUCUGAACCAGCCUCCGACGGCGAGGGACCCUCCCAGCAGAGCAGAGCCCCCUCCCAGCCUGCAGAAAGUAGCCCAGCAAAGAAGGACUCAUCCCAUUCUCAGCAGCCGCCCUCCAAGCCCAUCCGUCGGAAGCUGCGAGCUGAAAACCAAGAGCCCUCUGCUGGGGGUCCGGCUUCGGUAGCGACUGCGAAACCCCACCCGACAGUCCAGAAGCAGUCCUCCAAGCAGAAGAAGGCCAUUCAGACGGCUAUUCGCAAAAACAAAGAGGCCAAUGCCGUGCUCACGCGACUCAACAGUGAACUGCAGCAGCAGCUCAAGGAAGUUCAUCAAGAGCGCGUUGCUUUGGAAAACCAAUUGGAACAACUCCGUCCAGUCACUGUGCUGUGACCUGUAAGAUUCAAGUAACAGUCUGUGAUAUUUUCUGCCAAGAUCUUUCAUUUGAUUGUUCCAACCUACCUGAGUACUUGUCAUAGUUGUUGGCUGUAUCAUAAACAGGGCUGGGGCUAUAACCCAGAGAU